AUGGAGCACGCCAAAGAUGAAUAUCGUCUAUCGUAUGUCAGAAUGGAUGACCCACCGGAACACCAAGCGCAGCGGCAACCGUUAUCGGCAUCUGAUCAGGCCGUCCUUGUGCAAGCGUCAGGAUCUCUAGGAUCAAGUUGGAUAUGGGAGAUUCUGAGCUGUGUGAUUGCCGUGGCGUCGCUUGCUGGCAUUAUUGUGGUGUUAUACAUGUACGAUGGGAAAUCCAUGCCCGAUUGGCCGUAUGGAAUUACCUUGAACGCAGUUAUCUCACUUCUAACCACGCUCAUGAAGGCCGCCAUGGCGUUCCCAAUCACUGAGGCCUUGUCCCAGCUCAAAUGGUCGUGGUUCAGUCGAGGAAAUAAGUUGAGUGACUUGGCAAUGUUGGAUGCUGCGAGUCGGGGGCCUUUCGGGGCCGCUCUGGUGCUGCUUCGGUUUAUACCUCGAUACUUGGUGACAGUGGGAUGCUUGGUCCUCGUUGUCGCGGCGGCCAUUGCCCCGUUCGUCCAACAAGUGAUUGCAAUCAAUAUGCGGCCCGUUCACUCUUCUAACUCGUCUUCGAUUCAAAUCUGCAACACCAGUAUGUACACUGAUUACAGUGAGGGAGCCGGCCCAGGACAGAACGAAGUGCCACUCUCUACCCUGGCGUCUAUUUACACGGGGAUCUUCCAAGACCAGAGCGCGGCCAGUCCCUCCGUGAUGUCGACCUGCCCAACCGGAAAUUGCACCUUUGCUCCCUACCAAUCUCUAGGCUUCUGCAGUCGCUGUGCCAACAUCACUGAUCAGCUUACGUUGAACAAAUCCUCCCUAGGAUUCAGUACGAUGGAGUCUUAUGAUUAUAGAUUACCGAAUGGGUUCAGCUUUAGCACGUCACAGACGGGCAUGUACCUCAUGAAUUCCACAAACGGUCUUUCCCUCCUCCAAAUAGAUACAAAAGACCUGCCGCUCAUCAUGAAUUUCACCGCGAUCACUGCUUCCGGCUACGGAGUACCACCCCAAGUCAGCGCAACUGAAUGCGCCCUGUACUUCUGUAUCGACACAUACGAAGCAAACAUUAAGGACGGCAAGUUCAACGAGCGAAUAACGUCCUCCGCUACUUCCACGAACCUAACAGCAAAUGCUGUCCUGGAGAACUUUGCUCUAACGCCGGACACCUGCUACGUGAACGGGACGCAACGCGACGACAAAGGCGAGUGUACAUAUUCAGUCAAUGCAUUCAGUCGACUGGCGAUGGUUAACUCCCUUACGCCCCUUCUGAACGGGACAGGACAAUUAUACAUGUCCAAUCGACCAUACUGGUCCACCGAUACCGCCAAAGCUCUUUAUGGCGUACAAGGCAACUUGACCGAUAUCAGCACCGUCUUCACGUCGCUCGCGACUUCUCUCACAACCCAUGCCCGGAACCAAGUCUGCAAAGCAUCGGUCAAGGGCAUGACCUGGACCGUGGAGUCAUUCGUUAGCGUUCGCUGGCCGUGGAUGAUUCUUCCCAUUGCCCUUGUUGCAAUGACGAUUCUUUUCUUGGUGGUGACCAUGAUCAAGACCCGGAAUCAAUACAUUUGGAAAUCAUCGCCUCUGGCAUUAUUGUUCUCGGAUUUGGCUGUGGACGGGCAGCAUUCUUUUGAGAAGAAUCCCAGCCUCAGCGGUAUGGAAGAUGUAUCGAAGAAAAUGAACGUUUGGUUGGAGAUCACGCAAGCAGGCGUGAAGCUCAAGGGUAUUCCCCGCUAG